GCAACUCCCCCAAUCCAGAGCAGUUUCACCGCUGGUACUUCGCCACAGCGUGGCGCGCGGCACUACCCCUUCCCAGCGGACCUGGCUAACCCCUCCUGAGCACUGGGAACGCGGGCAGCGUCCUGGACGGAAGUUGAGUUGGACCGCGUGGCCUUCUGGGAGGAGUUCUGCUUGGAACGUAGCGGUCGCGGAGAGCUCCUUCGGCUUACCUGAGCCUGUCCCUGACCUGCUUGCGCGUGGGCUUCACUGGGUCUCUCAGAAACCGCGCGCUGGCUGCGCCUCCGGCUGUCCCGGGUUUGUGGCGCUGCGAGUGCCCGCCUUGGGAGGUUUCUUGUGAGGAGUACAUUGCUGAGCUUUUUAUCCUUUUAUCCUGUUUGUCAUUUUAAUGGCCCACAGGUUCUGAUUCCACAAGGAUAAGACAGAUCUGUGGUGUGAAUAAAAAGAAGCCUGAGGAACAGAAAUCGUGGAAAGAGAUCUCUUGACAUGAAAGUUUCCCAGAAAGCUGGAGAGAUCUUGAAAAAAGAUAACCCUUGAGUUGCUGCACCUGCAGACUACUUGACCAUUUUUUCCAGAGUGGGCAAGGUCUGAAUAUCUCAACCUUCAGAGGUCAUCAAUAAUAGAUGUGGGACAAUGGCACGUUUGACCCAGAUGAUGGAAAGGAGAGCUUGGUGUUCUCAGGAUUCUGCCCUUUCUGCAGAAGAAAAGAAUACAAGCAGGUCUCUUGAACCAGUGACAUUUAAAGAUGUGGCUGUGGACCUCACCCAGGAGGAAUGGCAGCAAAUGAAACCUGCUGAGAGGAACUUGUACCGGGAUGUGAUGCUAGAGAACUAUAGCAACCUUGUCAUAGUGGGUUUUCAAGUCACCAAACCAGAUGUGAUUUUCAAGUUGGAACAAGAAGAGGAGCCAUGGGUGAUAGAAGAAGAAAUGUUUUGGAGGCAUUCUCCAGAACUCAGAAGAGGAGAGAAUUACGCAUCUGGAGCCAUGGUGGAGUUCAAAGAUUUAGCCAUUUACUUCUCUCAGAAGGAGUGGGAAUGUUUGCACUCUGAACAGAAGAAUCUAUACAAAGAUGUAAUGUUGGAGAAUUACAACAAUUUGACCUCACUAGGACUUUCUGAAACUAAGCCAAGUGUGAUCUCCUUAUUGGAGCAGGGGAAGGAGCCCUGGAUGGUUAAGAGGAAGAAGGCAAAAGAAUGGUAUCCAGAUUGGGAGUCCAGAAGAAAAACCAAGACUUUAUCUCGAGAGAACAGUUAUGAAAUUAAAUCAUUACAUCGGGAGAUAACAAAAAAACGUACAUGUUCCAACCUUGAAUUCAACAGGGUCAAAGAUAGCAGAGAAAUCAAAUGCCACUUGGAGAGACAGCAGGGGCAUAAGGAGGUACAAGUCAAACAAGCCAAAAUAACCACUAAAAAACGGCCCCCUGCAGUUGAGUGCAUAGCCCCUGGAGAAUAUCAUAGAGCUCAUACUGGAGAAAAAUCCUGUGAAUGUCAGAAAUGUAAGAAAGCUUCUGGGAGCCAGUCAUGUCCUGUUCAAAACGAAAGAAUUCAUAAUAAGGAAAAAGACUUUGAAUGUGGAGAAUGUGGGGAAAUCUUUAAGAGUAGGUCAGACUUGAUUAAACAUGAGAAACUUCAUGAAAGCAAAAAAAGCAAUGAAAAUAAGAAAAGUGCCAUUAAUCAUGGCUCUGAGGUUACUCAACCUCAGAGCACUCAUUCUGGUGAGAAGUCUCAUAAGUGUAAAGAAUGUGGGAAAGCCUUUCAUUCUAAGUCACAGCUUAGUCAACAUCAAAAGAUGCAUAUAGGUGAGAAACCCUACAAGUGUAAGGAGUGUGGGAAGGCUUUUCCAUCUGUUGCACAACUUAAUCUUCAUCAGAGAGUUCAUACUGAUGAGAAGUUCUUUGAAUGUAAGGAAUGUGGGAAAGCCUUUACCCGCCCCUCACAUCUUUUUCGACAUCAGAGAAUCCAUACUGGUGAGAAACCCCAUAAAUGUAAGGAAUGUGGGAAAGCUUUCCGUUAUGACACACAGCUUAGUCUUCAUCAGUUAAUUCAUACUGGUGAAAGACGCUAUGAAUGUAAAGAAUGUGGGAAAGUAUAUAGUUGUGCCUCACAAUUGAAUCUACAUCAAAUGAUUCAUACUGGUGAGAAACCUCAUAAAUGUAAAGAAUGUGGGAAAGGUUUUAUCUCUGAUUCACAUCUUCUUCGACAUCAGAGUGUUCAUACUGGUGAGAAGCCCUAUAAAUGUAAACAGUGCGGGAAUGCCUUUCGUCGUGGCUCAGAACUUACUCGACAUCAGAGAGCUCACGCUGGUGAAAAACCCUAUAAGUGUAAGGAAUGUGGAAAGGCCUUUACCUGUAGCACAGAACUGGCUAGACAUCAGAAAGUUCACACUGGUGAGAGACCCCAUAAAUGUAAGGAAUGUGGGAAGGCUUUUAUUCGAAGGUCAGAACUUACUCACCAUGAGAGAAGCCAUAGUGGUGAAAAACCUUAUGAGUGUAAGGAAUGUGGAAAGGCCUUUGGUCGUGGCUCAGAACUUAGUCGACACCAGAAAAUUCAUACUGGUGAGAAGCCCUAUGAAUGUAAGCAAUGUGGGAAGGCCUUUAUUCGUGGCUCACACCUUACUCAACAUCAGAGAAUUCAUAUAGGACAGAGGAGCGAAUGAAGGCUCAGAAUUUGAUUGACCUCAUAAAAUUUCAUAUUUUUUUUUAAGCCUAUGAUUGAAGGAAUGUGAGGAAACAUUUGAGGUUAGCGACUUAACUGAAUAUCAGAUACUAUGGAUAUAUGCCUAAAAGACUCUUAUUUAAAUAACAGCUGUGACUGACGGAAACUUUAUAAAUGUUACAAAUUGGAAAGGGGUUGUUUGUAUCAGAAUUUAUUAAACAUCAGAAUUCAGUUGUGAAAACUGGGAAAUUCCAUAAACAUAAGGAAACUGGGAAUGCCUUUUUGCUGCUUAGAACCAAGUCAACCUCAGGGAAUUCAUAACAGGGAGAAGCUCAGGAAGGUGUCAGAGAAAUUAAUUAUUGGGGUAUUUCCUAACAUCAGGGCCUUGGGCCUUUGGGGAAAUCAAAGAAUUCAUAAUAUAAAUGCCAUGUAUGUUGGACAGCAAUUUACUUUAUGCAUCUGAUAAUUGAUGUUUGAGAAAGGCUACAUUAGCAUUAAAAAUGCAGCAUAUUCUUCCAUCCCACUUAAAUUUUGUUAAAUAUUUGCUAGCCAAUUCUGUAAAAUUCACCUGAACCAAAUCACUGGAAGGGUAUUUAACCAGUGAUUAAUUUUUAUUUGCCCUCACCAUUAUAACUCAUUUUGUAAGGGCAAACAACUACAUUUAAAUUUUCUCAUUUGCAAAUUAAUAAUACCAGUUCUUAUUUCUUACUUGCAUGGUGAGGAUUAAAUACACUUAUAUCCUUUCCAGCAAUGUCUAGCUAGUAUUGAAAGUUCACCAAAUGAGCUCAGUUCAGUGCAUAUACCUGUAAUCCCAGCAACACUGAGGGCUGAGGCAAAAGAAAAGUGCCAAAUGAGAGCUGCUUUUAUUAUUACUUUUCUUCAUUGUCUCUUCACCAUUGUGUAUUUUUAGAGAUCAUAGAGUCCUUAUAUUCAGUGACAUCUUGCAUUAUUUAUUUUUCUUUAUUAAAUGUUAGAUAAUUAUUCCUGGAGAAAAAUGUAAAGUUUUCAUUCAUAGUUUGUCAUUUUACCUCAUCUGGGGAUUUGUAAUGUAAAGAAACCUGGGGGAGAGAGACAGUAGGAGAAAGGUGGGUUGCUGUGAGGUUAGGGAGAAAAUUAAAAUGAUUUUCUUUAAAAAACCUCUGCCCCCACCUCCCCACCAAAAAAAAACAAAAAAACAAAAAACUAUCCUCUCUAUUAUAGAGAAUUAGAAAAUAACAGUGCUCUAGCCAAAAGCCAAGUUUCCACUUAGGAAAUAUUAAAAAUACCUGUAUAAAUAGUUUUUAUAUUAAGAAAAUUAAGGGGCUGGCCCAGUUGCAGAGCAUUUAUUUGUCUAGCAUGCAUGAGGCCCUGGGUUCAGUCCCCAUCACCAAAAGAGAAGAAAACUAAGGCAGAUUACCAUUAGGAAUGAAUGGCCAUGAGAAUUUGCUAAAUACCAAUAAAAGAAAAACUAACUUCCCUUAGUAUGCGUAGUAUGUGUAGAACAGAAACACGAAGGGUCAGGAUUCAUUCAGACUUAGACAUUGCCUGUUCUAGUAAGUUCCAUAUAUAUAUAUUUUAAAAAAAAAUCUUUUCGGUUGUCAAUGAACCUUUAUUUAUAUGCAAUGCUGAGAAUCAAACCCAGUGACUCUCACAUGCUAGGCAAGCGAUCUACCACUGAACCACAACCCCAGGCCCCCCACCCCCCAGUCAAUAUUUGAUGAAAGGAAUAAAUAGGAUUUGACUCCAGCGUGUAGAGAAACACAAAAUUAAUGCAAGGGGAAAAAAAACUUGAACAACUUUUCCUGAAAUUAAAAGUAUUUCAUCCUUCAAAGAAAAAGGUCAAGAAUCAUGAAAAAUUAUAUAGUUAUAAAAAUGGAGAUUUCACAGAAAUAAGGCUGUAUUGAAUUAUCAGAUACUAUUGGUUAGUUUUGCCUAUUCAUUGAUGUUCCUCUGCCAUUCUCCCUUUGGCAGGAUUGGUUACCAAUCACCUAAGUCUAUAAAUACCAGGUGCUGCUUCUAGUUUGCUUUGCAAACUGAUCAUAUGUAUAAUGUUCCUGGCCACAGAAUACCUGACCAAACUCUGCAGAUGGACCUCAGUUAAAUUUUUUUCCUAACAAAAUACAAGGAGAUGGUCUUCUCAACUACAGGACACAUAUCUGUAUGGUUGUGUGAUAUAGGGAAUUGUGGCCAUUUUGCAAUCAGGAAGGGUCAAGAGGCUAAGCUAGGCACAGAAGACACGUUGAGUUUAUCUGUGUUCUUAACAGUAGAUCUGAGGAAACGAUUCAGAACUGCCCUUUCCCUGGUCUUGAGUGAAUAAGAAACUAUGUUUUAACUUUAUUCUCAGUUAAUCUGAGUCCUGGGGAAUUAACAUUUAAAUUGUUUUUUCAUAUAUAUACACAUACAUAUUUAUUCAACUUUACUAGAGAAAGUUCAGCUUUUUAUGGAAUAGCUGACAUAGAAAAGCAUUAUUUUAUUAAAUAUUUUCUUAAACAUUAUUGAAAUAUAUACAUAUAUCCAGCUUUAAUUUAGUAAGAUAUAGGAAAUAUUUGUUUACAUUUAGCAUUUUAUAGUAUAUAUUUUUAUAGUAUUUUGGAAAUCCUGGAAAAUUAUUAUUGCCCUGAAUAAAGUAAAAACCAAAAAGAAACUGUUUAAAGAGCUAUGCUGCAUAAUGCCUCUAGCACCAAAUUAUCUUACAGAUAAAAGUCUUUAAUUCUUAAAAAUACAAAAAAGUCAAAGCUAUGAAGCUAUUGUAACCUUUUUACCAAAUUUGGAAAAGGACACCGUCCAAAAUUAAAUCAGCUAUAAAAAAAAUAAUCCAUUGUGCUGGGUGCAGUGGCACCUGCUUAUAAUCCCAGUGACUCUGGAGGCUGAGGCAGGAGGAUCGCAAGUUUACAAAUGGCUUUUGCAUCUUAGUGAUGCACUAAGUAACUUCGUGUCUCAGACUUUUAAAAAGUGGGGCAGAAGGGGCUAGGGAUGUGGCUCAGUAGUAAAGCAGCCCUGGGUUCAAUCCCUGGUACCAAAGAAAACCAAUCUAUAAUACUUAUGGUAUAAGUAUUCCAGUUAAAUAGCAGGUCAGACCAAGCAGCUUAUUAAACAUUAGCCAUAAUGUUCAUGACCUGACUUAUUAAAUUGUCAAAGAAUAUAAUGUAUAAAUAGUAGACAUUAAGAAGUAUUACACACUAAUAUAAGAACUUAACACUAGUUACAGCACACAGUCAACUUGCAGGUGUCCACUUACUACCUCUUGGUCCUAUAAAUUUUCACAACAUUUAGAAUAAUAACAAUCCACUUCUGCCCCACACUAUAGAAAAAUAAUACAUAUCCUAAAUAAGUUAAAUAUAAAUUUGUAUUAUUUGAUAGAUAAACUUACUUAGAUAUUAUUAGUCAACUCAUUAAAGGGCCAUUUAUAACAAAAAAUUCACUUUUAUUAGAGGAAAUAUGAUUACUAAAUUUUAGCUGCACUGAUACAUUGAUUUCAUCUUUUUUUAAUUUAUUAUUUUUUUGGGGGGUGGGGGUGGUGCUGGGGAUUGAACCUGGGGCCUUUUGCAUGCUAGGCAAGCGCUCUACCAACUGAGCUACAUCCCCAGCUCCUCAUGAGUCUAUUCUUAAAACUUCUGUAUUUUCUGAGAGUUCAUGCCCAUUAGAGGAAUUAAAUUAAUAAAAUCAAAGAUAAGUGAUAGAACUAUUUCAUUACAAUUUUAACUUUUUUGAGACAUAAAAAAUAUUGAGAGAGUUCUCUUUCAUUUUCUGCUAUUGUACACAUAUUUCUCUUGUCAAGUUUUGAAAGUUAAAGUUUAUAUAUCAUGUUUCAACUGAAACUUUGUAUACCACAGAGGAUUUUUGUUGUUGUUUGUUUGUUUAAACAAAAUCGUAUCCACAGAGUCUCUUAAGUGCUGAAAACCAAAGCCUAAUGUGUGUGCUUAAAAUAUUUUCUCCAUACUCAGGAAGCUUACCCACGUCCAGAUUUGUUUGGGUGCACACAUGUUGUGCACACACGUUGAAGUACAGUCUCCUCACAUGGUUGUAGACUACGAACAUCCUUUUAGUCAAUACCUACAGGUCUAGUUUUAGAUUUUCACAUAACAGACAAACCAUGGUAUAUACAGGCCAUUCUCCCGCUAAUGAAAGUUCAGGUUUAUUACUUAUAAGUAAUCAUAUGAUAAGCAUUUUUACUACACAUGUAUUGUUGCAUGUUGGUGCUUUUGUUCCCACUGGUCGGAUUCCUUGCCUUAACAAUGUAGUAUAUUUUAAAUGUAGUAAUUAGUGCCUUAUUGUCUUAAACUUGGCCAUUAAUCUCAACAGAAAUGUAUGUUCGUUUUCUAUUUUAAUCACAACUGAACGUUUACUCAACUGAAGUUGUAACGUUCAAAAAAGUGCCUUUGUGUUUUAACUGCUAAUGAAGUUGAGCAUCUGCCUUG